GACGUUAUUAUCUUCCAAUAGAUGACCGUGUUUGGAAGUAUUCGUUCCCACCCCUUCAGUAAUUGCCAGAGAGUUACUUGAUGGCGACAUGUUUGUGUUUACAGUCCAGCUAGACAUGGUGUAAUAUGUUGUGGUGAGUUUAGACUGAACGAGUAGAGGAACCACAGAUGGAUGCUAAUAGAAUGGAGGACUCAUUUGAUCAUCUGAAGGCUCUGCCCUCCUCACGUGACUGUCCCCCCACUCCCAUGGAGUAUGAUGACCUGCCAGAGCUGCAGGAGUUGGACGAGAGCCCGUCCUCUCCAGUCCUGUUCCAUGUGGGGGCUGGUGUGUCCCGUCAGGAGUGUAUAGCUGGUUCCCCUCAUACCAACUGGCUGACUGAGCUGGCUAUCAUCGCUACCAGCCCUCAGAGCCCCCUGCUGCAGGAAGCUGCUCCCAUCGAGAGGUCAUCUCCUCUGCACAUCUUUUCCACCAAUCGUAGUUUACAUUCCUACGCCCGUCCCCCCCUGGCCAGCAGUGCACCCAGCCCCUCUAGAGGUCACCUCAGGGAACGCAGCAGACGUGUCAGGGCCAGCAGUGAGUCAGAGUCUGGUAUUUUCUCUAUGGCCUCCUUCUCUGAUGAUGAGGACAUGGGCUGGUCACACUCCUGGCCUUCUACAGCCUGGCACUGCUUCCUGAAAGGCACCCGCCUUCGGUUCCACAGGGGCCUUAACAAGGAGUGGCAGGAGGCUGAAGACCUCGGGGACUCCGAUGACGAGUCAGAUGAUGAGAGAAUGACGCCGUUCACCUCCCUCAAGAGCUAUGGUUCUGAAGGUCUGAAGUUAGUAGCCCACGAGGACAAUGUGUCCUACGGCCAGGCCGUCCUCAAACUCACCUUUGACCCCGGCUCGCCAGAAGAAGGCCUGUUAACGGCAGAGUGCAGAUUUGAUCACCCCUUCUUUGUGAAAAACAAAGGUUGGUCCUCGUUCUACCCCAGCCUGACGGUGGUACAGCAUGGUAUCCCCUGCUAUGAGAUUCAGGUUGGGGACCUGUGUCUUCCCCCGGGACACAGGGACACCAUCAACUGUGAUGACUCUGAUGUCUUGGACACCUUCAGGAGUUAUGAUUUCACUCCUCUGGACUCGUCAGCUGUGUAUGUUCUGAGCAGCAUGGCCAGACAGCGUAGGACCUCCCAGUCCAGUAGUGGCGCUGUCUCCCCCGACCCAGAGAAACUCUCCGUCUCCCCCCAAUCCUCCUCUGCCAGCAAAUCAAACAGGAGCAAUACCUCAGGGACGGCCCCCGGCGGGGCCACACCCACCAAAUGCAAACGGCCAAUGAACGCCUUCAUGCUCUUCGCUAAGAAGUACAGGAUGGAGUACACACAGAUGUACCCUGGGAAGGAUAACAGAGCCAUCAGCGUGAUCCUGGGUGAGAAGUGGAAGAAGAUGAAGAACGAGGAGAGGAGGAUGUACACCGUGGAGGCCAAGGCUCUGGCCGACGAGCAGAAGAGACUCAACCCUGACUGUUGGAAACGCAAGAGAACCAACUCAGGGUCCCAGCAACCCUAGAUGACCUAUGACCUCCAGACAUGUGUUUGGCGUGGAGAGGUCAGAGGUGAACUGACCGACCAAUCUGGCAAAGCCACUAUCUCUCUAGCCUGGUCCCAGAUCAGUUUUUGUUGUUGCUGUAUAUCCAGCUCCUAUGGUCAUUGGACCAUAAGAAGGCACAAAACAGAUCUGGAACCAGGCUAUUUACUAUCUUUCUUUCUGCUUACCUGUCAAAUCAAUGAGACACUUAACUGUGAUGUGGAAUACACUUGCUUUUAUAACCAUAUAGACAGGACUACACACAUUUUAAGACAAAACGACAACUAUGAACUAUAUAUUAAAAAGCAUCUAAUCUAGUGUAACUAACAGUGCUUAUAUUUUGUUAUAUUUUAAAUAACAUACAGAUAUGCCUUAUUAUUCCUUUAUAACUAAGGCUCAGUUAUAUAUUUGUUCAGGUAAUUUCAUAUUUCGAUGCUUGAAACCUUGAGAUCGGGGUCGGCAAAAUUCUGGUAACCUUUUUAAAAAAUUAAAAAAAGAUUCCCUGUAUUUCCAGAAUUCCUGGUUGGAAGAUUUCCAGAAUAUGCAUGAAAUCCAACAUACUCCAACCAGAAUUCCUGGAAAACCUGGGAAUUUUGCGAGUUACUGGAAUUACUGAACCCGACUUGAGACCCAGUGGUGCUAAGCUCGGUGAAGGAACAAGUAGCAGUGAUACAAAGUGUAUAUUUUUUUUGUAAAAAGAAAGAAAGGGAAUUUAAAAAUGCAUUUUCUCCUCUUCUCAGCUUGUUGUUCAUAUUGAUUACAGCUCCAUAUAUUGCACAGAUUGAAAAAGCCUUUCAUACAUUGUAUCAUAUUAGCUGUGAGCUUGAAGGGCAAUAUAAAGUUUGUUAUACAUAUUGCCCAUCUGUGGCCUGAUUUUCCCUGAAACACGGAGAGGGACAUUUUAAUUUUUUGUUUUGAAACGUUUUUGCGUUCUGGGUCCUAAUGAACAUGACCACAGAUACCCUGUUGUCUGAUUCAUGCUGUAGGGCUGACCCGAACCGUUCUGGCUUGGAUAUUUUAUUUUCACAUUGUCCUUUUCUAGCAUGGUUCAGUAGAGGAUGUGUAACCAGGCCGUCUCAGUAUGGAUCGGCUCGGCCCUGUAGUAGGAAUCAGCCAUUUGUUUGCCAAGCCACCUGGCCGUGUGCCGAUGAUGACUUAUAUUUGGGCACAUGGAGGUUUUGCACACUCAUCCGAACGGCACUUCAGGGCCAAGCGUUCACUGUAAGUGUUUUCAUUUCUUUUUGCACUUUAUAUACAUAUGUAGUCUUAUACAGUACAACCAUUUAAAUGUAUGCUAGUGGAAGCUAUGUGUAUAUGGAUUUAAUGACACGGUAGGUAUAUCUUGAUGACAUCUAUCGGUUUUCACUUUGACACAACCAUGGCCAAACUAUACAGGUCUAGCCUGAGUGCCAGUCGGUUUGUGCUCUGUGACAUGACAGUGAGUGAGUUGGCAAUAGAGUACAAACAGACUGGGACCCAGGCUAGUACAAGUCAUGUGAUGUUCUGCUUGCAGGUUGCCAUGGCGUUGAGUUUAUACAGGUUUGUUGUUGAUAAUGUACAGGUCCACGCCCCACCAAACUGUUGCACAAAAUAUCAUUGUAUUGUUAUAUCAUUAAUAAAAGUUUAAACUUGCAAUCUUA